AUGUGGAGUUUUAUUCACAAGAGCUUUCAGCUGUUCUUGAUAUUUCUUUGCAGCACUGCCGUCCUUGGUAUUCCACAUGAAAAGUUUCUGAGUUUGUCCAAGCUCGUUUUUGUACAAGGCACAGUAGUUACCCAUGGCUGUCCACUGGCACAAAUAGUGAUACUCAUGAUUUGCAUAAAUGUGUUUAGCAAAACAUCUAUCGCCAUCUUUAUCCUUUUUGUAGUGUCAUGUGUAACAGCAUGUGCAUCCAAAACAAUUUUGAAGUUGCUGAAUCCAAGGUAG